AUGAUCCCUCUCGGUUAUGCGCAGUCUUCAGGGUCUGCCGUGCACGCUCUCUGGCACUGUAAGCAAGAUUCGCCAGGCGAAGUCAUAGGUGGAUGCAGGAACGAGUAUAUCAUCCCACCUGCACCUGAAGACGAGGCACGGGGCACUUCGCUCUUCUGCUUCAUGGCCGUGCUCCCUGGUUCUAUCGAGGAGGGUCUCCGAGACCUUGCCGCCGGGAAGGGCGCCAGCAUCUUCGCCUGCGACGCGUCGGCGUGCUACGGGGCCUGGCAGACGGACAGGGCCGUCGAGGGGACGUGGGAUUCGGUCGUCAACACGGAGGUCUUCAAGUCGGUGUGGUACGACGUGCAGAAGGACGGGCAGUACAUGAGCCACGAUUGGGUGGUGAAGGUAGACCCGGACAGCGUGUUCUUCCCCGACCGGCUGAAAAGCCACCUUUGGGCAUUGCACGCGCCGAAGGAGGUCCCGAUCUACAUCAAGAACACCGACAGGGACUUCGGCUUCCUGGGCGCCAUCGAGGUGUUCUCCAAGGAGGCCGUGGACAAGCUCUUCUGGCCCGGCGUGAUCGAGGCCUGCGCGCACGAGGUGGGGGAGCACUCCGGGGAAGACGGCUUCAUGAAG